CAGUGUGACAAGGAUAUUUAGCGAGCUGUGCUAAUAUUUCUGCGUUUAAUGUCAAGUUUGGAGAAUAAACCAGCAUCAUAAGGUGCAGACAAGAUGGAUCAAUAAAGGAGCGCAACAGAGGCAUGGUCACAAAACAAGAUUCAUAUUGUUGAUAAUGCCUCCAAGGAAGAGACCUCUUGUCCCGGUUAGUGCAAGAAGAUGGCCAAAAGACGACGAUGAUUACUUUCCCUUUAAUUUGCUACCAGUGGAGUGUCAGCUCCAUGUUCUUUCAUUCCUGAGUGAGUUGGAUAAGUGUAACUCUGCACUCGUAUGCUCCAGCUGGAGUUGCCUGGUACGCUCUGGGAAGCUCUGGAGAGUGGCUGAUUAUUCUCGCCGGGGAGUGUUCCAUCUCGGACAAGAAGGACUACUCGUGUCCAACAGGGAGUUUGAGCGCUGGAAAUCAUGGGUUCACCAUUACACUCACCAUCUCAUAUCCCGUGGGGCCAGUUUGCUUACCCUCAAAGCAAGCUUUGAUUUGGGGGACCAGUGCAAUAAAUGGGGCGAGCUGCUUUCUCAUUUGCUAGAGAAUGUCCACUGCAGGGAUCUCAGCCACCUAGAUUUGAACUGGACAUUUACUCUGCUUGAGCCGUUGGACCUUCGGGUUCAUUCCGGUUCUAGCUCACACCAGGACAUCAUCACCAAGAUGGACCAAGUUAAUAACUUCCAGAUUCUUUUAGACAAAUUAACCAACAACUGUCCGCGAAUCACCAAGAUGCGCUUACACUUUGACUGGUCUGAGAAAUCAGUAGCUUUAAUCACUCAGUUUCAACAUUUGCGCAUAUUGGAACUUAAGUACUUUUGGGUGUUUAAAGGAGUGAGCCCAAGCACCUUGCAGACACUGACUAAAUCACUGCCUAACCUGAAGUCUCUUACUCUCCAUGUUCUUGUACCACUUCGAAAUUUGGGCAUUUCUUACACACUUGAAUCACUUUCCCUGGAGUUCCUUGAUGUUUCCCCAAGCCGAGGACUGGUGUUCUCUUGCCUCAAACUGCCUGCUCUGAGAGAGCUUCGGGCCAAAAAGAUUGUCCGUGGGAUCACUCUGGACCGGCGCACCAGGCUCCGAAUCCAGAGCAGGUGGCCUUGCCUGUAUCAGGUGUUAAGGGAGGGGACACCCAAGCUACAGGUGCUUAACAGCGAACGACUCAUUCCAAACUGGAGAGAGCAGAGUUACGUAGAGCUCACGUCAGUUCUCCAGCAGUCCUGUUAUUGCCUGCAGCAUCUGGACAGUUGGCUUUGGUGAACAAAAUCUUGCAGAGUUGAUGUUAUAGCAAAUAGAUAUUGAUGUCAGGCUGUUGAAACCAUUUAGAAACUAAUUAUUCGGAUUUUUGUAACAACAAGCCAGCUUAAAGACAUUAAUGCAAGGAAUAGGGAUGUCCCAAUCUGAUGACAAGAAUUUGUACUGGCGACGAUGCAGAUGUUUAUUUUAAAUAAGGAUUUUAACAUCAUGUUUAACACUUUGAUGACAUUCAUGACACAUCAGGUAGUUACAGGUUACACAUGAUUCAUCAGCUUAAAUUCAAUGUCAAUCCCCAUCACGGGUGAUUUGUAUCCUCUUUUUUAUUUUAUUUAUAUUUUUUCCCCUCUUUUCCCCCCUGUUUUUAUCCCCCAGUCUAGUCGUAUCCAAUUACCCUGAUUGCGUCCUCUAUAGUGAUUCGACCCUUCACCGCUGACUGAGGACGCCUCUCAACUGACAUACGCCCCCUCCUGUACGCACAGUCAGUACAGACUGCAUUUUUCACCUGCACGAGUCGAGUUCAUACACUUGACGGGCACUGUGUACGGAGGGACACACCCCCAUCAGCAUUAUUUCUCAGCCCUGUGCAGGCGCCAUCAGUCAGCCAGCAGGGGGCGCAGUCGCACCAGUUAUGAGGACCUAUGAUCCGACUUUCUUACCCUCUAACCCUGAACAACAGCCAAUCGUUGUUCAUACAGCCGCCCAGUCGGAGAAGCAGAGCUGAGAUUCGAUACGAUGUAUUCGAAACCCCAACUCUGGUAAGCUAGCGUACUUUACCGCUGUACCCCCCAGACAUGGGGAGAGCAUGCAAACUCAACAGAGAAAGGAUCAGGACCAUUCCACCUGUGAAUCGAACCCAGAACCUUUCUGCUGUGAUGGUACUACCCACCGAGCUACCAUGCCGCCCACGACAAUGCAGGCCUAAAAUGCUUUAUCAGUGUAGUAUUACAUUUUUACAUAUUCCAAUGUAAUUCUCAAACAUACUUGUUCAGUAAUGUAUCAGCUGAUCCUUAGAAUUUCAGUGUCAGAAAUGAAUAGAAAAUGGGAUUGGGACAUCCCUAACAGUACAAAAAAGAACAUUGUACUUUGACUUCAAAUGUCAGAAAUCUGGUAGUUAUUUGGACUGAUCUUUGUUGUAUCUGUUGAAUCAAAGCGCACCGUUUUAAUAUAUGACGAAGAUGAUGACUGUAUAAUGUAGGAAAAAGCAAAGCUAAGUGUUGUCUAUGUCUUUGAUGUGCAGACCUUGUAUACUGCUGUUGACAUAAAACAAUAGGCAAGAUGACAUUAUUAAAGAUUUAUAGGAUGGGUUUUAUCAUCUUUUAGGAAUACACGCUAGCUUACCAACAGAGAGAAGCAGUGAGGAAAAUGUUGAUGGAAUAAGUGCUGUGAUGUGUGUCAGGUCUCAACCUUUUGUGUGAAUUAUUUUUCUUUAUUAGACGUGAACAGCAGUUCUGAAGUUUUUAAUGUCAGUUUUUAAAAAUGUUGUAUGAUUCUAAAUCUUGCUUUAGGCUUAUCCAUGUGCUUAACUAUACAACAAACCAGAUCAGUAAUAUGACAGUGAUUUGACAUUCCAGACUCAUGUUAAACAUAUACAC